AGAUUAGCCCCUUCCCACUCUCUCGGUGGCUUUGCCAAUAUUCAUCAGUAACCGAGUGGAAAAUGUUUGGGUAUAGUUGAUUAAUAAACUUAGUUUUAUCCAAAAUUUUAUAUCAUCAGGAUUCGAAUUUUUGUUGUCAAUAUGUCCACCAGCCGUCAGUGAUAUGGAAGAAAUAUGUACUUGUUCAUCAGCACGAGAUUUGGUAGAAUUUACAUCAUGCAUUGGUUAUUUACUUUUAGUUUAUAGUAAUUUGAAGAGUGAAUGGCAUUAAGAAUAACAGGUUUAAUAGUGCGAGCAAAGUCAACAGAAUUACUUUUAAUCAAUUUAAAUAUACUAGGAACAGUAUGGCAAUUGGCUAAUUGAAGAAAAAAGAUUAUAUGUUAGGGUGCCAAUAUUUUGGAGACAUAUCUAAUUUCGUGAAGUGGUAGUGCUAAAGAGUUUGAGCACCUCGAAAAAACUUCCUAUGCAAAAUUUGAGCGGUAAGUGGUACCGGCGGUUGAAGAUUGAAAAUUUUUGAUGAUGAUCAUUGUAGAGGGUAUUUUGGAUACCAAAUGCUUUAAAACAUGAAUCGUCGAGAUCUAGUGUCAUCUCUAAAAGAGUCACCUCUGUGAACUUGAAAUUUUCUAUGCCAAAUAACUUUAGAAUUGCCUGAAACGUCGAGAUGACACCAGAUCUAUCGUCUUCCUGCGAAAUAUUUCAGACACGUAUUUUUAAUUUUGCCAUUAGGGUGACCAUUUACAUGAAAUCGAAGAGAUAGAGAGAGAGAGAGAUUUAAAUAUACAUUUAAUUCUUUCCAAUACGCAAUAAAUUGUUUGAUUACCCGUGAUCAUAAUUUUUGUUUUAAUUUUUGUUAUUUCAUAUUUUGAUAGGGCCUAAUCUAGUUGAAAUAAUGUUUAACGUUUUUCACAAUUUCAGAUACAUCGGGUGCCGGAGCUAUCUAGGGAUAUUAGUAUAUAGCCUUGGACUUCUCACCCAAAAAAGAUGACGGUUUUUAGUGAUGAAUUCUGCCUGGAACCAAGCAAUGUAUUUAAUAACGAACCUUAAACUAAUUGUGUAUCCUCACCACUUAUGGGUUCAGUUGCCGAUGGAGAAGAGGAAAACUGUGCUUUAAAACGACGAAGAUCGCGGACUAAUUUCAAUUCAUGGCAGUUAGAAGAGUUAGAACGAGCUUUCGCAGCCAGUCACUAUCCAGAUGUUUUUAUGCGGGAAGCACUAGCUGUGCGACUUGAUUUGAAAGAAAGCAGAGUUGCGGUUUGGUUCCAAAACCGUAGAGCAAAAUGGAGGAAAAAAGAGCAUACCAAAAAAGGGCCUGGUAGACCGGCGCAUAAUGCUCAUCCCCAGUCUUGUUCAGGAGAACCUAUCCCACCUAACGAGCUAAAGGCAAGGGAAAAAGCACGACGGCGGAAAAAAUUAACAAAAGCCCUUGAGAGACAGGCUAGAAAACUUCGAUCAAAAGGCAUUGCAGUUGAUUUGGAGGUGCUUAAAGCAGAAUAUUUAUCCCAGCAUCGCAAUACCUCUAGCUCCGACAGUGAAGCAGGCGGCUACGAUGACGAAGAUGAUGAUGAAGAUCAAAUCGAUGUAGUUGGCGGAACAGAAUCCAAUGAGACACCAGAAGACUGUUUAAUAGAAAGGCGUGACAGUGUUGACGACACAGUAGAUGAAAAUACAGAUAUGCACAAACAUAUCAUAAGGCCAAAUCCAUUUAGUAUAGAGUCAUUGUUAAACAAUAGCUCGUGAAAUUUCUGCAGUAAGAUUUUCUAUCCAGAAUACUAUGAGGAUGCUACUUUUGUGUACAACUAGAUUAUUUCAGUUACAAACUAUCCUUGGGUAUAUACCGUAUUCACAGUGACAUAUUCAAUAAUCGAUACU